AUGAAGCGUACCCGUGCGCGACAGAAUCGAUCCCUCCUGACGGGGAGUGACUGCAGUGAGAACGAUGUCGCCGGUGGCAGCCCUGACUCGGACGAGCGGUGGGAUGCCACUUAUGAGACGGAUGUGACUGAGCCAGAUGUCACCGAGCCGGAUGAUAGCCCGAGCCCACGAAAACGCCUCCGGUCGGAUGAGAAGGACCCUGCUUUGGAGCCAAGUCUAUCCAAUGAGGCAGAUGAUUUCUAUGACGACCCCCUCGAUGACACCGGAAUCGAUCUUUGUGAGAUCGACGAGGAUUUUGACAAAGCAGAGGGCACCAUCCAACGACGGGAGCGGAUCGAAACCCGAUGGGAGCGCAAAAGAAAACUAGAGCCCAAUGUGCGAAAAUGGCGGGAUCCUGAAGAGGCCCUACGCCAGGCGUCGAACAACGACCUGUAUCGGUUCUUGGGCUGGUCCCUCAAGCUCAAGCGAGGAAAGAACGGUCGACGUAACAAGGGCAUUCACAAGUCUAGCUCGUUGAAUACUGACUGGAAGAACCUUCGUAGUUACUACCAAAAACUGACCAAGACCAAAAUCGACGAUAAAGAUGGGUCAGAAGUGCGGAGGGGUAUUAGGUACUUGGUCGUAGAGCAUAGGUUAGAUACGCAACCGAAAAAGAAGACGCCAGUCUACAUUGAGGAUAUCGGCCCGUUGAAUGAAACGAUUCUCUCGACUCAGCAAAAGAAGUUCUACCUUGGAUUCCAGCGUAUCCAAGUGUGCCUCUUCAAUUCGCUCGCUCUGUUCACUGUACACCGCAGGAGCGCCCUAUUGAGUCUCCAGUUCAAAGACCUACAAAUCUCGCUGCAGAAGGAUCCUCGCGGCGGACCUCCUAUCCCUUUGGUUGAACUGACGCCAGAUGGAUGUAAAAAGUUUCUUGGGCAGACUGAAUUGACUACAUUUGCACUCCCCGAAGUGGUCUAUGGACCAUCUUUGGUGAUAUGUCCCCAUACGCUCCUAUUCGGAAUCUUGUUCCAUGCCAAAGCAUUCCGGAAUAACUUGACAUCAAGGGCCCAGAUGCGGAAGCUCUUUAUUAGCAAAGGUUGCCGACAGCUCCUGAUGCCCCUGGACCGGGAGAAGGCGGAUUGGUAUAUCUUUUGCAAAACAGAAUUGGUCAAAGGGGUUCCAACCAUUCAGCGGACCCAACCCAUGUCCAAGUCCUCCAUGUCCAGCCUCCUGGUCACGUUUGGGGAGAUCAAGGGAUGGCCUAACCCAUUCCAUGCCCAUCAGUUCCGGUACGGGACUGGCAAAGUGAUUAACGAGAGUGGAUGGGUCAGCAAGGAGCAACAUAUGUUGAUCAUGAAGCACGCUAGCCCCCGGACUUUUCUCAAGCAUUACCAUCCUAGGAACCUCGACACAGAUAUGACUCGGAUUGUCUGUGGCCUUGACCCGGACGUGGAAUACAUGCGGGCUGUCACGCGCCAGAAUCGUUGGGAAGACCCACGACGCCCGAGAUAUUUAACGGAGCGACAGAGGGCACGGGUGGAGGACCAUCCUGAGUUGGAAGAAGCCCGCCGGAAGCUGAGCGAGAUUGGUGCCCAGUACAAUAAGACCCAGCAACCGGGCCUGCUGCCUCGGAUCGAGAGGCAAAAGAAGGAGGUGACCAAUACACGAAAACGAUUACUGAGGGCUUUGCGGCAUCAGAUCCGAGAGAACUUUGAUGAAGAGCAGGCAUUCCUGGAUAUUGAGGCGCAGCUCUCUGGCACUGCAGUUAAGGAGGAGGAAGAGGAUGAACCCUUUGAGGCUGCUAUGCCCCCAAUCCAGCUACAUCUUAUGCAAUGUCUUUUGUCCUAUCCAAUCUCCAACUCACUGGAGGAUGAAUGGAAUCGGCACAAUGCAGGUUCGGAUGCAGUAAUGCAAUAUUGUGACGUUCUUGAAGGAGGCCCUCUGAGAGGCCGGCCCAGGCGAGAAACUACGACCUCCGCUGCAUCGGAUGAGCCCACGGCUCAACCCCAGGAUGCACCACAAGUCGUCCAAGACGGCGUCACAUGCGAAGUGGAACCCCCUACCGUACACGGUAAGCCGUCGCGUGCUACCAAGGAAUACUUGGAGAAGUCGGAACUGCCAGAGGCCUGCUUUCAAUGCUUCGCGAAUGAGAAGCUACCCGAUAAGGUUCGCUGCCGGAUGUUUCAUGAUGCUGGCUGUGUCACGCGCCACUUCGAUGCCAUUCAUCUGAAGGAAGAGCCGCUCAAGUGCAACUGGUGCGAAGUGACCUUGUUGCAUAAAAUGGCAUUCCAGCGCCACGCGAUUGAUGAGCAUCGGGUGCGCAGUCGCUGGCGUUGCCCCGAUCCGGCGUUUUGA